CUAGCUGCCAGUCCUUUCGCUGCAAAGCUGCCAUCCUGUCGGCCAACGCGAGUACCAAGCUCGCCCCCGCACUUCUCCCUCCUCAAGUUGCAUGCGAGAGGGCCCUGCCUGAUCACUCUCUUACAAACCAUACAUCGUCCAAUCCACGUACUUCUGAUCAAAAAUGUAUUCCCAGUAUUCUCGCGAUCAGUUUAUGAACCCGGGGCCCGCCCCGCGACCUCCCAAUGACCGACCCCGCCUCAAUCUCACACCAAAUACGAGUCAAAACCUGCCCGGAAACAUGGCCGGCCUGAGCCUCAACUCGCCUGCUUAUAAUAGCGGCAGCUCCUACAGCAGCGCCAACACCUCGACACCUUCCUUGAUCCGAACACAGUCUGAAAAGAGUCUGUCAAGCACGUCGGUAGUCAAAGAGGGCAACGUCAAAGUAAAGGAUGAGGGCUUAUUCAAAUCAUUUGUGUGGCAGGACCGAUGGCUCGUCCUACGCGAAUUCGAACUGGCCUUCUUCAAAAGCCCCAACUCCAACAAGCUGGCGAACACCAUAAUGCUUCGAGAUAUCCUAGGCGUUGAGCGCUCCGAUACGCAGCCCUUAUCAUUUGAGAUCACCCGGGCCCUCAAUGCGUCCAAGGGCUCUUCCCCCCCUCGCGAUGGUCCAACCAAGGUUAUCACCUGCAAGGUGGAAACAGAUGACGAAGUUUACUCAUGGAUUGAUAGCAUAUAUCAGCGGUGCCCCAGUAUGGGAGGCGUCAGCAACCCAACCAAUUUCACUCAUAGAGUUCACGUAGGCUUCGACCCUACCAGCGGUGCCUUCGUCGGCCUACCCGUCGAAUGGGAGAAACUGCUCACUGCUUCCGCGCUCACCAAGGACGAUUAUGCAAAGAACCCAAAAGCGGUGCUCGAGGUCCUGGAGUUCUAUACGGAAAAGCUUGUGAAACGCGCAGACGAUCCGCAGACGUAUUCUAGCCUUACUCCCACCCCACCCGUCAACGCGGGCAUGGAGAAGCAGCUUGGCUACGGUAACUCGAUUGCGCCGCCUCGUCCUGGCCCUCCAAAUGGCUAUCAGCGCAAAGACAGUUACAGUAUGACAAGGCAAAACACUCCUCCGCAGGCCGGGUAUUCCACUUCGCAACCAUACCAGCAAGAUGCUCGAAUGGAGCAGGAGCGUCGGCGAUUGCAGGAGGAAGAGACCCGGAUACAACGUCAGCGGGAGCAGGAGAAGCAGCGGCAAGAAGCGGAGCGGCGGGAAAGAGAGGAGUUAGCCGCAUACAAUGCUUCCUUGCCGAAGACGAAGGUGCCGCUUGCACAGCAGGAGAUUGGUGGUGGUGGUUAUGAUUCGCGCGAAGCUAGCCCAUCGAACCAAGGUCGAUAUAACCCGAGCCGGCCAGCGCCAUCUACCCCUGGCGCAUCGCGGGAUCGUCAGCAACCACCUGGCUCCCUCAGGCAGAUGGCCGCCCAGCGUCCUGCUCCUUCGGCGCCGAAGCAGCCAAAUGGAAGCGGAUACACGACAUCUCCCCAAGCCGCGUCACGACCGCCCGCACAGCCAAGCACGAACGCAAAAUAUCAGGGCUCGAAUAACCAGGUGGCACAAGCGCGCCCGCCUCAACAACCACAGCAGAAUAAGUAUGCUGGCGCCGCACCGAAACCGUUGAACGUGGCUGCCAAGCAGCCCGCUCAGGUCAGCGACUCUGUGAAGAAGGCGGAGCAGGCGCUUACUAGCAAGAAGGAAGAGGCGCCUCGCAAGGACGUGCGGAUGUCAAGUAUGUCAGAAAGUGAGGUGAUGGCCAAGCUUCGCGAAGUUGUCUCGAAAGACAGGCCUCUCGACUCUUACAACAAGCAAAAGAAGAUUGGCCAGGGCGCAUCUGGAUCCGUCUACGUAGCUCGAAUCAGAGAAACCGCAACAUCGCCCACAGCACGCAGGUUGUUGCAAGAGAAUGGUCCUCGGGCUCAAGUGGCUAUCAAGCAGAUGGACCUUCGUAAUCAGCCCCGCAAGGAGCUCAUCGUGAAUGAGAUCAUCGUCAUGAAGGACAGCAAGCACCCCAACAUAGUCAACUUCCUGGAUGCGUUCUUACAGGAGGAGCAAUCCGAACUUUGGGUGGUCAUGGAGUUCAUGGAGGGCGGAGCUCUGACGGAUGUCAUCGACAACAAUCCCUCUAUCAGCGAGGACCAGAUCGCCACUAUCUGCUUAGAGACUUGCAAAGGUCUCGAACACCUUCAUAAUCAGAAUAUCAUCCACAGAGAUAUCAAGAGUGACAAUGUUCUACUUGAUGGACGUGGUAACGUCAAAAUUACUGAUUUUGGCUUCUGCGCCAAGCUCACUGAACAGCGCAGCAAGCGUGCAACCAUGGUUGGCACGCCGUACUGGAUGGCGCCCGAAGUUGUCAAACAGAAGGAAUAUGGCAACAAGGUCGAUAUCUGGUCGCUAGGGAUCAUGGCGAUCGAGAUGAUCGAGUCCGAGCCGCCGUAUCUGAACGAGGAGCCACUCAAAGCCCUUUACCUGAUCGCAACCAACGGCACCCCCCGCCUCAAGAAGCCGGACAAGCUGUCGAAGGAGUUGAAGGCGUUCUUGUCGGUCUGUCUCUGCGUCGAUGUUAAGUCAAGAGCGAGCGCCACAGAGCUGCUGAGCCAUGACUUCUUGAAGAGCGGUUGCAGCCUCAACAGCCUGUCACAGCUGCUCAACUUUAGGAAGAACGGAAGCCAUUAGACGAUCGCGAUGCUUCGCCCGUCCUUAAGUUCGUCAUUUCAACGCUCGCAAAAAAGCCCCACUCUGACAUGAUCGAUACCCUUUCUUGCGUUUGGCUCUUGUCUGCUGCAAUACAAUAAAGCUUGACUUGUCCUGUCCCCCAGCGAGACUUACAAUGGCCAGCUU